CUGCUUGUUGCUGUACGCGACAUGAAUGAGAAGGGGCCACCAUCAUUCGUUGAUUAUUGAAAGGUUCUGUUAAAAGAAAGCGCGAAUACAUGAACUAUAACCAUGGAUUCCUACAUUCUCACAUUAUUAAACCUAUACCAUUCCACCCAUAACAUCAUAACAUUUCUAGAUGUUGGUGUCGACAACUUUUAGAGAUAAUUUAUAAAUAUAGGCUCCAUCUAACCAGUUAGAGAGUUUCGUCUAAAUAAACGACGGCAACUCUCAAGGCUAUUCCAAUACGUCUCAAAGUCAUCCCGAGACCGACAGUAAUCCCUCUUCAAUUCAAACUAUCGAAAUGGCAGCGGAAUCCCAUCACUCUCAGAAUCCUGUCCCAAGUGAUAGCUCGAAAACUUUAAGCCUUCAGGGGUCGCCACGAUCAAAUGAUGGCGAUCCAGAGCUUGAUCAGGGUGAAAAAUCUUCACAACAAGAAUACAAUCCCCCUCAGGGUGACGCGAGUGCGAGCACGGGAAACACGGGAGACACUGAAGUCCCACCUAACGUACUCCCGCGGUCACCAGAAGAGAUUCGAAAUUUGGCUCAACCGAGAGUGACGAGGAUCCUCAAAAACCAACGGGUCUUGAACAUGAUUAUAGGCCAGCACGAAGAAAUAAUCCAAAAGCGUUGGAAGAACAAGUCAAAGUCCAAACGCAAGGCGCUAUUACUCGAAGCUUGGCCCAACAUGCCACCAAUGCACCGCCCCGAAGUUGCACUCUGGAGACGCUUGCAUAACGAGUACUCACCCCAUACUCAAGCCGACGCCGAAGAUCUCACCCCAUUCUGGUGGCCACAUAUCAACCUUGAAGACUUGUGCAAGACAGAGCCACUCCUUCUAAUGCUAAAUGGCCGCGGGACGAAUCCGCCCGACACCUUUGUCUACGCCGAUUACGGGUCCUCAAGUUUCGCGGUGAGGACUAAUCUGAUCAAAGCAGUGUAUCUUCCUCGCCACUCCAUGUUAUUUAGAGGGCGCAUCACUGAAGAGACAUAUGGUCAGCUCUACUACUGGGAUGACGAUGACGAGGCAAUGAAAACGGAUCCUACUCGUGCGAUGAUUAAUCCCAGUAUCGGCCUCUGGAUUUUGGAGAUCCAAGAUCGCCUAUACGAUUUCCUCGUCAAAUGCUGCACUCUGAUACUUCACGAUAUGCCAAACGACGUAUUGGUGCCAGUGACGGGGGUAAUGCGAAUAAGACCCGAACUUCCAAUACUCUCGGCUAAAAUCAGCUCCGAAAGCGUCGAGUCCCUAGCUAUCUCAGCAUUCGAGGAUCUAUUCAAGGCGCCAAGAGAUACCGACUUCGAUCGUAUCGAAGCUCUUCUUAGAGCUCAGAAAGCUAGUGCUGAGGAUCACCUUUUCGCCCUAAAGGAGGAUCCUGAUGCCGAGGGAAAAACGCACCCGGUAUUUGACGAGUCCGAGCUUGAUUUUCUUUGGGCGCGAAUAUGGCGUUUGGUUAUGAUAGAGGCAUUUUCAGCCAUAGACAUCCCGACCGUCCUACUCGACAAGCUUCUUCAUUUGAUUCACCUUCUCGAUGAACAUGAAGUUGACAUGUCCCCGGAGAAGGAACUGCCGCUAGGGUUGGGUGCAGCGGUCUACGACUUCAUGCAUACGUUACUGCGUUCUGCGUGGACAUUCAGUGAUAUGGGUACCUUCCACAAGUUUUCUAGCUCGCCUCCAAUGCGACAGUAUUACUGCCGUGACCAACAAGGUAAAAUCACGAGCCGACUUGAUUCAUGCCCUAUCGACAAGGCCCGAGACGAUUUAAUAAAUAUCGUGGAGAAUCUUGGAUCUAAGCAACAGCUGUUCGUCUUAGGCGCCAGGGGGCUCGUCACCGAGCUAGAUUUCCUCGUUCGACGCGAGCCUGCGACGAGAAGCCUCUUGACCGAUUUAGUGGCGGAUCGUGUUUCGACCAUCGGUGUCCUCUGCGAGUGUAUCCAUCAACUGGACCUUUUCCAACCUUGGAUGUCCGCCUAUUCGAAGUACUAUGAUCAACACACAGCUGAUUUAACAACAGGCGUCACCAACUCACUUAAAUACAUGUACAAUUUCCAUAAAUUGGAUGACAGGAGUUGGAAAGAAAUGGCUGCAUUCAUUGGAGUUGCCUCGUCAGGAACACUUCCCUGGUACCCAUCAAAAGCGCGCCCGAUUCAAGAGGUUAUUGAGACAAGAAAAGUCAUUGAACAUCUAACCGACAAGUUUUGGGAAGGGAUACUCCCGGAACUGAAAAAGGUAGAUGGAAUAUCACCAGCAGUACUCCACGCCUUCAACCGCAAUGUGAACAGGACUAAGUUAUGGGUUGCACCAUCCGAAACGCCCAAAAAGGGAAAGAAGGGGGAGAGUGUGUUGGAUGAGUUCGACAAACUCAUGCUGGAAGUACGAGAAGAAAACGAGAAAGUCAAGCGAAGAAUUAAGAGUAAAGCAAAGGGGAAGUCAACUAAAAAGGCCACUGAAGAAACCGAAGCCGAAGCUGAAGGAGAAGCCACUUUAGCUCCGCCUCCGCCACCCCCGACUCCUUUGUUUAAGGUCGACAAACGGGCGAUGAAGGUGUUCAACGCCAUUCUAUACGACCAACCUGACACUUCUCAGCUAGGAGACGUUACGUGGAAUGACUUCGUCUACGCAAUGAUAGCGGUAGGAUUUAAGGCCGAAAAGAUGUUCGGAUCGGGGUGGCACUUCGAACCACCUUUGGACUGGGACAUAAAGGAAACUAUCCUGUUGAAUGAACCACAAAGUGGCAAGUUGGGAUUCGUAGUAAUGAGAUUAUAUGGCAGGCGUCUCGCGAGAACGUACGGUUGGGAACGCCACACGUUUGCCUUGGCUACAUAAUUUAGGAGAAGGUCCUCUUUAGGGUAUGGGUAUGAGCAAGGGAAAGAAGUUUCAGGCAUACUUACAAGGGCAGUAAGGGUUGGUGUGUGCCCCUGAACACUAUCAAUGGCUAUCGUCCACU